AUGGAUGAUGUUCAGGCUCUUUUCCUAGUCUCUGUUCUCCUGUUUGUCAUCACAGACUGGGAGCUUCUUCACGUGGAGCGGGAGAGCUACAGCAGAUUGAAGCUGUUAGCCGACACUGCAUUGACAUCCCGGUGGAGACUGUACGACGUGCUGCAAGAUGUCAAGUAUCAACGGAAGUGGGACACUAAUGUCAUCGACACGCAUGACAUCACCCGGCUGGCUGCCAAGGCUGAUAUGGGCUACUACGCCUGUGAGUGGGGGCCGGAGAAAUACCCUCCAUGUGAGGAUCUGGUAAGGGCUGUCUCUCUCCUGACAGGAUAGCUGGCGCUCAGCUGCAGUCUGACCUACCUGGCUCAGGUGGAUCCAAAAGACCCUCUUUGGCAAGCGGUGGUGCUAAUGCUGCCGCUUGCUGUGGGGGCUGCUGGGCGUUUGAUGCUAAAGAAACUGCACAAGGCCUGCGUGAAAUACCCUGCCUGGAAGCAGCAGCACAACGCAAACCUGAAACCCUGGCCGUACCCCGAGCAGAACAAGCUUCCUCCCUUGGUGCUGUCGGAGCUGGCGCUGCAGCGCGCUGCCUCACUGGAGAACGUCGACGAGAGCGGCCCGUCCGAAGGGAAGGAUGAGAGGGGCGAGCACAGCGGUUGGGAGAACUGA